GACGUCAAAAUACUCUCAAAUAGAAUAGAAAAACGUGAAAUAAAUUGAAAAUGAUCUGAGUGAGAUCUUAUGAUUUAUGAAAAGUGUUGUUGCUUUUGCAAGGGUGUGUGAUUUAAAUAAAAGCAAAUAAAGUAAUGCGAUGAUUCCACCAAAGAGAUGAUACAAACAGUUUUUGAAAAGUUCGCCCAUUGUGUCUUUUGUUAGCCCAAUUAGGAUGAAAAUAAUAUUCUGAAGCAGUGAAGAAGUGAAAAAAAAAGAGUUUUAUAUGUUGCUAGGAAUGAAACGUUUAAUAAUGAUGCUGUUUCUAAAGAAAUCUAAAUUGCAAUUGCAUAAAUCAUUUCAAGUUUUGAUAGUUUUCAUUGUUUCAAUGGAAAACCUUUUUCAAAACUGCUAUGGAACAUCCGUCGAUGGAAUAUCCUUGCAAUUCAAUAAAAGAGAAGCAGAUUAUACGCUAGAUGACUCAUUUUGGAAUGAAGAAAGUCCAGUUGGUGAAGUUGAGAGACUCUUGAAAGAAUAUCGACAGAAUCAAGAGUUAGUACGUAAGAUAGGAGGGCACUUUUAUCAAAUCAUUUAUCCGGUGCAACUGAGACAUCAUGAAAAAAUGGGCAUCUCAACAAGAGAAGUUGGAGGAUCAAAGGGUGGAGGUAACAGUUACACCGGUCGAGGACGGUCACGUACGGGAAAACAUUUUCAUCGUACAUCUUUGCUUAUCAAAGCAUUUAAUCAUAAGUUUCGAUUAGAUUUAGAAUUGAACACACAAUUGUUAGCUCCAAACAUUCAACAGAAACAUAUUUUACCAAGCGGAUAUCCGCACGAUUCUCAUAGGGAAAUAGAGCAUUGCUACUAUCAUGGGACUGUCAAAGAUUAUCCAGGUGCAAGCGCUGCUUUUCACACAUGUAAUGGUGUCAGUGGUGUUAUCCAUGUUGGAAACGAAACCUUUGUCAUUCAUCCUUUCUACGGUGGUGAUUUAUCGCAGAAACAUCCCCAUGUUAUCUUCGAAGCCCGCACGAAACAAAACAAAGGUUGUGCAAAUUCUGGAAAUUUAGAAUGGCGUAAUCCAAGAAGACAACAACACUUAACUGGGUUUGUAGAGAAGCAAGACGCAAAUGGAGCUGGUCGAUAUAAACGUGAUGUUCGCGAUGCAACAAAAUAUAUUGAGACUGCAAUAAUCAUCGACAAAGCGAUGUUUGAUAAGAGAAAUGGCAGCACAAGAGCUGAAGUGGUUCAUGAUGCAAUUCAAGUGGCCAACAUUGCUGAUUUGUAUUUCAGAACUCUUAACACGAGAGUUUCUGUGGUUUAUAUUGAGACGUGGCAGGGUCAAAAUCAAGCACAAAUUGAUAGCGGUAAAGACAUCAGCAAAGCAAUAAGCAGCUUCAACGAUUAUACUUCUAGAAAAUUAUUCAAAAUUGACAAGGAUACAACUCAAUUGUUAACUGGAGAAAACUUUUCUGGAGGUGAAGCUGGAAUGUCAGUUCCGGAAACAGUUUGUACAGCAAAAGCUGUUGGAAUAAGUGUAGAUAUUAAUACAUAUGAGCCACAUCUGUUAGCAGGAACAAUGGCGCACAUGAUUGGACAUAACAUUGGAAUGGGCCAUGACGACAACCGUAAGAAAAACUUUUUUCUUUUAGUUUCCAUUUCAAUUGUUUUCAUUUACAAUUUUUUGUUAACAGGAGAAGAAUGUUACUGUCGUGACUGGCAUGGAUGCAUCAUGGCACAAUCAAUUAUUGGUUUGGAAAAUGUUCAACCAUAUAAAUUUUCCGAGUGUAGUCGUUCGGACUACAUUGAUGCAUUGAGAAUUGGUCACGGUCUUUGCUUAUUAAAUAAGCCCAAUGAACUUGAAGUACGACGAAAUUGUGGCAAUGGAAUAGUUGAAGAUGGCGAAGAAUGCGAUUGUGGAUCGUUUGAAGAAUGCAGCAAAAAAGAUCCUUGUUGUGAUCCAAUCACAUGCAAACUUAUCAAGGAAGCUGAAUGUGCUUCGGGUGCUUGCUGUGAUAAUUGUCAGUUAAGACAACCAGGUUACAUUUGUCGCGAUGCAUUCAAUGAAUGCGAUUUACCGGAAGUCUGCACAGGAGAAAGUGGUCAAUGUCCAACAGAUGUCUAUAAAAAGAAUGGAAGUCCUUGUGGUGUUGGUGCAAGUGGAAUGGAAAAAGCUACAGGAUAUUGCUUCAAUGGAGUUUGUCCAACGCUCAAUGCACAGUGUGAAAAAAUUUGGGGCUACGGAGGAUCUGCUGCUGAUAAACAAUGUUACGAACAAUUCAAUUCAAAAGGCUCCAUGAAUGGACAUUGUGGAAUGGACAAUGCCGGACAUUAUAUCAAAUGUGACCCAGAAAACGUUCAGUGUGGUUCACUACAAUGUAAAGAGGGUGAUCAUCAGCCUAUCAUUGAUGGAAUGGAUCAACUCUUUUCACGAACAAUUAUAUCAAUCCGUGGUGCUGAAUAUGAGUGCAAGGCAACAAGUGGAACUAUUGAAAUAUCGACGGAAUUUCCCGAACACGGUUUGGUUCGGGAUGGAACACCUUGCGGUGAAAAUUUAGUGUGCGUUAAUCAAACAUGCGUCAGCCUUUUUCCUUAUAUAGAUACAUCAAAAUGUCCGACAAACCAUAAUAAUGUUGAAUGUACGGGUAAUGGGGUUUGCACAAACAUGAAUAAAUGUCACUGCAAUUUCGGAUGGACUGGAAGUGAUUGUUCAAUUGAAUCAACAAUCACAAGCACAAUUCCAGCUAUCGUAACUAUAACACAAGAUCCAUCAAUCAAGAUGGAAAGAAAGGAAACUCCUUAUGAAAAUUAUCAUGGCUCAAAUACAGGGUUUCUAGUCGGGGUUCUUGUUUCUGUUGUAAGCGGUGUUUUCUUAACAUUUGCUUUAGUCGCUUUGUGCUACAGAUCAUCAGUAGUACACAAAAACAUCACCUUAUGUUUAAGACGGAAAACUACACGAUUGAAAUAUGACCCACCAUACGUGAAAAAACCUAUGGCAAAAUACGUUACUACGGCUAAUGCAAAUCAUCAUUCUGUAGAAGAAAUGUCAUUAGAUGGAUCGAAUAAAUUAAUGUUUAAUAAUCAAAACCAAUUCGGACCUCAAAAACUUCAGAUAAGAAGAAUGACAGCAACAGGAACGGACGAAGAUCCACUUCAUGCAGUUGGAAACAAUGCAGUGUCUGAUGUUGAACGAACAUUAAAAAGUUUAAAUGGAUAUCACGAAGAUAUUCUUGAAGCUUUGCGUAAUGCAGCUUCGUCACAUAGAAGCUCGGGUAACACACCAUCAGGAAGCAUAAGUGAAGAGAUUUUGAGAAAAACAUUGCAAGAAUGCGCGGCGGGUACGUUAGGAUAUGAAUAUAAACGAAGCAGUUCAAAAAAUAGCUCGAGAGAAAAUAUUUGUGACAACAAUGCUCAACUUAAUGCAAUGCUUGGUGAUGUCAGUGGAUCAUUACUCCAUCACCAUCGUUCACAGCAACAAUUGCAUCAACCUCAAUUACAACAACCGCCAAAUCCACAACAAUCAAUGCAACCACAACCUUCACAGCAACAAAUAAAUCCUGAAGAAGAAGUUGGUCCAUUGAGAAUACGUAAUUUAGAAGAUCUCAUAAGACAACUUGAACAUCAUUCUUCUCGUCACAUGAGUCCGAGUGGCUCCGAAGAUAUUCGAAUGUCUGAAACUGAAGCUGAUAGACAUUAUCGAUUAGAAAGUUCUGCAGCUUGCAGUGAAUCAUCUCAUGGUUCAAACCAACACUUAUCGCAAAAACCUUCUACAAUGUUACAAUCGUCUUACAGCAGCCGUUGUCGACCGCGAUCAUCAGACGAUGAGAAUCGUUUUGUUUACGGACGAUAUCGACCAACAAAUAAUCGACAUCAACCCCAUUCACCUCAUCAAUUUAGUCAUACUCAUCAUAGUCAUGCUCAUCAUUCAUCGCAUGGUCAUUCAUCACAUCAUUCAUCUCACACUCACUUGCAUCAAGAUGAGGAAGGAAUUUAUGAAAGUGCUGACCCAAGAGAGCGGAAUUCUCUUGACAUUCGGGAUGUUAAUGACAGUGAAAGUGAUGACUUUAUUCAAGCUCAACAACAGUUAGCCCGAUGGGCUAGUGAAGAUGUCGUCUCCGUGGUGGUAAUGGAGUCAGAUUCGUCCGCAGUCGGUCCAUCGCAGGUGGCCACUACUCAAAACCUUCAUCCCAAUGUAACACAAUUGGGUCAGACAAUAGGGAUUGGCAAUGGGUUAGGUGCAAUAGCGUCCCGGACCGAUUAUUAUCCAUCUCCACCAUCCACGACGGAAACAGAAAGCAGCGGAAGUGUAAUGGCACAACAUCAUCAGCAGCAACAACCGAGACGCGGAGUUAUCGACGUAAACGGCGGACCACAGGAGAUUACAGGACGAUUCCCCGAAUAUAAGCCAGAAUAUAAACACUGAUAAUGACCUUAAGGGAUAUGAUGAUGUUAAAAUUAAAAUAUCCCUAUAGCUUUCUGUACCCCACACUUAAACACGAAAAAAUAUUAAAAACUGUCUUUUAAACAUUCAAUUAGAUUAUUUAAGGUGAAUUUUAUAGACGAAAUAGAAACUUUGUACACGUUCGUACAGUCUUAAAGUUAGUUUUAAAAAUGAAAAAAUAGUUGAUGAACUCGUGAGAUUUAUUCAAAAUGAAAAAUUGUCUUAUUUGUUACUUAUGCAUCUAAAGUAAGCUGUAAAGAGAAACGAAUCUUAAAUGGUCACGUUUAAUGACAUCAUGAUGCAAAAAACUAUUUCACUUAACCGUCAAGGAAUGGAUUUUCAAAUUAGAUAUCUAAAUUAUAAAUAUCUAAUCAAAUAUUCAUCAUCUCUUAUUUAAUGUUCAGUUAAAAUCUUUUAAAUCAGAGUGUUAACUAUUUAAAGAUAUCAUAAGUAAAUGUUUUUUAUUUUACUAUUAGAUAUAUGUUAAUUAUAUCAUGACGAAGUAUUUAAAUGAGAAGUGAAUGAAUCAUUAUUCUGACAUUUUUUGUUAUCUCAUUAAUUGAAUUUUAAUAUCGUGUAAUUGUGACAUGUUUUAGUUUAUUUAAUGAUGCUGAAGGAAUAUUAUUUAUUAAAAUAUCUGAGAAGAAACUUGAUUAUGAUUUUCAUCUUAUUUUCACUCCUAAUUCUCAGUUUAGUUAAUGUCAACAUGUUAUCCCUUUUUAUCUAAUAAUUUUUCAAUAUCAUUUGAAGUCUAAUCCUAUUCCAUGACAUAGACAAACAAAACACAGUAUUUGAAUGAAUUUUAGUUAAUUAACAAAAUUUGUGCCUUGUUUUCUUAUGUAAAUUACAAUUAAAUGAAAUUAAUGCAUCUACAUACAAAAAUUUGCAUAGCUCCAAAACUAAGAAGAAAAGAUCAUCAAAGCCUUUAACGUAAAACAAGUUUUCUCCUCGAAAGUGAUCUAUGAAAAUGAUUUGUAAAAAAAGUUCAUUGAUUAAAAAAACUCACGGUGUUUGAAAUAUUUGUGCACUGUUUAAAAGAAACGUUUCUUCAUUACUUUAAAUUACUAACUAAGGCGUUAAAUAGAAUGGAACAGUUUUCAAUAACAAUAAAGGGGAUUUGGACACAUUCGAGACACGUCAGGCUACGGCCUUGAAGACUCUUGAACUUGGCUAAAUAUCCCACAAAACUUCAUGAUUUAUAAACAAUUCAAAUGACUAUUUAGAUAAAUUCAAUAGAAAAUGUACAGAAAGAUAUAAAACUUCAUUUUAUUUAAAAUGAUUAUGUUAAUAACAGAGAUAAAACGCCAUAAAGAUUGUCUAAUCAAAUGUUCUGUAAAUAUUAUUUGUAAUUCAAAGUGUAUUUGAGGAACACUGCCUAAAUAAAUGAAUGAUAGUUACCCGUGC